UAUGAAAUCUACUCUAAACUACACUAUGUAAAAAAAGAGCAAGUUUGACACUCUAACACUACUUAUUAGAGCAAAUUUCACUUUUGGUAGCCAAAAUACCAAAUAAUUCUAACACUCUAGAACUUCGGCUCCCCAUUUUAUUAAAAAUGGUAUUAUUACUACAAAUUACAAAAUCUUCACUAAACAUUUGUUUAAGCUAUAAUUGUAGCUCUAAAAUCCAACUUGAAAUAGUUACCAGAGCAGCAAGCAACACCCUCACUGCCACUGACUCUUUUUUUUUUUUUAUUAUUUUUUUAUUUUGUUAUGGGUGUUUGGGAAAAGGUGAGUGAAUAGUUAUUUGGCAACGUCGUCUUCUUGGCUUUUAAGUUUUAACUUUUAAGCGACACCUCUGCCUCUCUAGAACCGAAUAUUUCCCCCUCCCAUCCUUCCCCUUUCUCUCUCUCUCACCACCACAACCCGCGUCUUCCUUCUCUGCGACGCCGACGCGACGCCAACGCCAUUGCCAUUGCCAUCGCCGCCGACGUCUCACAUUCCUCCAUUCCCAACUCGAACCCUUCCCCUCCCACCUGAAAUCAAUCCCCCGCACCGCCAAUUUCAGAUCCCCAUUAAUACCACCAACUAACUACAACUAGGAACCCAAACUAGCUUACCUAACAAUAACCUGAAAACUGAAAAAACCCAGAAAUUUUGUUUCAUACCCCUGCUGCGAGACUUCUCAUCCUGAAUCCCCGUCGUCGGAAGCUACAUUUUGCUCCGGUGAGUUUGAUUUCUGCGGUGGGAGAGUCCCGUCCCGUUUGGUGGUUGGGGGGGAAAUCAGUAACUCGUGGUGGUGCUUAUGAUGACGAUGAUGUUAGCGUGUUGUUUUUCGUCUGUUUCUGUCCUUUUCUCUUUUGGGCUGUCUUUUCUCCCGAUGCGGUUUGUACUCUGUAAAAGAAGUUUUUUUAUUGCAAUUUUCCCGGUCGAUUGCUCCUCUCGGUGUCGGUGGGGUUUUCUCCAGUUUUAACUCCGGUGGAUGCUUUCUGAUCGGGAAAUUACCGAUUGAGUUUCUAAUCGGAGCCAGCCAUUUCCCUGCCGCAAUGGGCUUUUCCCUUACUCUUCAUUGUUUCCCUUUCCCUGCCCUUUAAUCUGUUUCCCCCUCAACGGUUUCUGAGCUCUUGGGUAUUGAGAGACUGUGACUAUCAGUGCUUCUUCGGUUUGUGCAUUGUUAUUUCUUUCCUCACUGUAGCUUUCUACUGCUCUUUCAUCAGUCUCAGAGUUCAAACCGCGCUUUUAAAUUCCCCUCUGCUGAAACUGUUUUAGAAUUCUUCCGGUUCUGGUCUUCUGGAGAUCUUGAUUGUGCAAUUAUGAAGCUCUGUUGAUUUUAGAUCUUGGGUUUUACUUUUAGCCUUAGUUUGCAUGCUCAAUUCCGAUUAAAACUGCUUCCCUAUUAUGAGAGGUGUUCCAGAUUUUACGCCUCCUUGAAUUGGCACUUCAAAUAGAACAUUUAUGGUAUUAAAAAUGAAAAUUGAUGUGGUUGGCUUGUUACUAUCUAUCUGAUUGACACUACUCCUAAAGGUUCUUUGAUUGGUUUUUUGGAGUCUUUUCUUUUCUGGGUCUAUGUAAUUCUUAUGACUUUGGUUUUGCUUAAUGUGUACUUUUUCCAAAGGCCAAAAAUUGAUGGCUCGUUUGUAGUUUGCUGCUUGCCUUUUGACAAUGUAGUUUGGAUUCAACUCUUUGCAGAACUUUUAUUGGUAGAAAUGGACCGCCGGAGUUGGCCAUGGAAGAAGAAGUCUUCAUCCGAGAAGGCAUCCAAAGCAGCGGCAGCAGCAGCUGAGUCUCUCGAUGCUGCUUUGGCUUCUGCUGAACCACAGGCGCAGGCAGUGAAGGACAACUACAAGAAACCGAAUUAUGUCCAAAUCUCAGUUGAAUCGUACACCCGUUUGACCGGUUUAGAGGAGCAAGUGAAAGGAUAUGAAGAACAAGUUCAAUCACUGGACGACGAGAUCAAUGACUUGAAUGAAAAGCUCUCUGCAGCUCAAUCAGAAAUGACCACCAAGGAGAACUUGGUGAAACAGCAUGCCAAGGUUGCUGAAGAAGCUGUCUGUGGCUGGGAGAAGGCUGAAGCAGAGGCAUUGGCGUUGAAGAACAGUCUAGAAGCAAUGACGCUCUCCAAGCUGACAGUCGAAGAUCGAGUAGCUCAUCUAGACGGUGCUCUCAAAGAAUGCAUGAGGGAAAUACGAAACCUCAAGGAAGACCAUGAGCAGAAAUUGCAGGAACUUGUUCUCACCAAGAACAAGCAAUGUGAAAAGAUUAGACUUGAUCUCGAAUCAAAGAUUGCUAAUUUGGAUCAGGAGCUGUUAAGGUCAGCAGCUGAGAAUGCAGCUUUAUCGAGGUCUUUGCAGGAGCGUGGCAACAUGUUGGUCAAGAUGAGCGAGGAGAAAUCACAGGCGGAGGCGGAGAUCGAGGUUCUCAAGGGGAAUAUAGAGUCUUGUGAGAGGGAGAUAAACUCGAUGAAGUAUGAAGUACAUGUGGUGUCAAAAGAGCUUGAGAUAAGGAAUGAAGAGAAGAACAUGAGCAUGAGGUCUGCUGAGGUGGCGAACAAGCAGUACAUGGAAGGUGUGAAGAAGAUAUCCAAGCUUGAAGCCGAAUGCCAGAGGUUACGCGGGCUCGUGAGGAAGAAACUGCCAGGUCCUGCUGCUCUGGCACAGAUGAAGCUUGAGGUUGAGAGCUUGGGCCGAGAUUAUGGGGAUUCGAGGUUGAAGCGGUCACCUGUCAAGCCUUCUAGCCCACACAUGUCGCCUAUAACUGAAUUCUCUCUCGGAAAGGAGACAGAGUUCUUGACAGAACGGUUGUUUGCCACGGAAGAAGAGACCAAGAUGCUCAAAGAAGCUUUGGCUAAGCGUAACAGUGAGCUUCAGGCUUCGAGGAAUCUAUGUGCCAAAACAGCAAGCAGGCUUCAAAGCUUAGAAGCUCAGCUUCAUAUGACCAAUCAGCAGAAAUCUGUGCCUAGCGUCACAUCCAUGUCAGAGGAUGGAAAUGAUGACGAUCGAAGCUGUGCUGACUCUUGGACCACAUCGAUGAUGUCGGAAAAGAAUGGUGAGAGAUCAUCGAUCAAGGCAGAGAGUGCUAAGAACAUCGAGCUCAUGGAUGACUUCCUCGAGAUGGAGAAGCUAGCUUGUUUGGAUCACCCUGGCAACAAGACUCCUGAGGUCUCUAAUGGCACGUCUGAUAUGCCUAGUAGAGAAGCUGGCCCAGAAGAAGUCAACUCGGGCAAAAAUGAUGACAUGCAAUCAAACAUAUUGGAGGAUGUUAAAACUGUAGAGUCUGAAAUGAGCCAAGACUUGGCUUCUGCAGUCUCUCAGAUACAUGAUUUCGUACUAUUGCUUCGGAAAGAAGCAAUUACCGUUGAUGGUGAUGAUGGGGAAGAACUAAGCAAGAAGACCGAAGACCUAUCAUUAACCAUCAACAAAGUUCUGAACCAAGGUUCAAGCUUGGGCACCUUCAUUUUUGACCUGUCCCGAGUGCUGGACAAGGCGAGUGAGCUUCGGUUUAGUGUGAUGGGUUACAAAGGAAAUCAAUCUGAGAUCAGCAGCCCAGAUUGUAUCGACAAAGUUGCUCUGCCAGAGAACAAGAUUGUAACGGAUGAUGGACCAUACUCGUCAACGAAUGGCCAUGUGUCAAGUGGCAGUCCAAAGUCGAACCCCCAGGUUCCAAAUGAUGGGAACUUGAUCCAGUGCAAAGUCUCAUUAGAGGAGUUUGAAGAACUGAAGUCGGAGAAGGACAACAUGGCUCUUGAUCUUGGUAGAUGUGGUGAAGAACUCGAAACCACGAAGCUUCGGUUGCAAGAAACAGACCAACUGCUUGAUGAAGUCAAAUUACAGCUGACUAAUGCUCAAAAGUCAAAUUCUUUGGCUGAGACUCAGUUGAAGUGCAUGGUGGAAUCGUAUAGAUCACUUGAGCUACGUGCUGAUGAGCUGGAAACUGAGGUCAAUGCUCUUAGAAUCAAGACCGAAGGGUUAGAGAUAGAGCUUGAGACUGAGAAGAGAGCACACGAAGAUGCUUCGAGCAGAUGCAAGGAUCUUCAAGAACAACUUGAAAGGAACGAGAAUUGUCCAGUUUGUGCAGCAGCAGCAGCUGAGAUGGAUAAUAAGCAAAAGCAGGAGAAAGACCUCUUCGCCGCAGCGGAGAAGCUAGCAGAAUGCCAAGAGACAAUAUUCUUGUUAGGCAAGCAACUAAAUUCUCUACGCCCUCAGUCGAUAGAGAACUCUGGUGAAAGAAGUCCGAGAGGUGGCGAUGGUUCUGCUGAGGAAGAACCACCAACAACAAGCGGCACAAACUUGCAAGUAGGAGGAGGAGAAGAAGUGCUGGACACUGCAACUUCUCCUGCUCCUCGGUCGCCAGUGCAUUCCUUCAACAACCCAGGAAGGGAAAGUCCUGAUUUGGAAGCCGCCAACUUGUUGAGAUCACCGGUUAGCUCGAAGCAGCCGAACCACCGGCCAACCAAGUCGACCUCAUCGUCUACUUCAUCCACUCCAACACCAGAGAAGCCUGGGAGAGGAUUCAGCAGGUUCUUUUCCUCGAAAAGGGAAUAAGAAUGGGUAUCAGUAGAUCCAAAGUGCGAAUGGGGUGGCAGCUCGCAAUCUACUGCAUGAUUUGACGUUAUAAUGAUCAUGAUAAUAGUGAAGAAUGUGAUGAUGGUGACUAUAGAAUGGAGGGUUUGGAGAAGGGGGAGAGAAAAAGGUAAUUUUGUAACUAAUGUCUGUCUGUCUGUGUCUGCGAUGUAUCUGUAUAUGGUAUCCAUAUGUGUGACUUCCUUUGCUGUUCUUUUUUUGGUGUUUACGUUUUGCAUUUAAACGUUGUUGAAUGUUGAGUGAUGGAACAUGACACCCUUUUGGACAGUUGUAUAUACUAUUAAGAAAGGUUGAUACUUUGCUGCUGUCUCAAUCCCCGGACGUUCAUUUUGUUGUUUACAAGGAAUCGUUUUACCUCAUCACUUCGAAACUAAGAUUGAGAAGAAGAAGAAGAAAACAUUAGAGAUCUCCCACUCGAACAACUGAAAAUAUAAUGGAAUGCUUGUAUCAGUUCAUUCAUGGUAUCACUGUUUAUUAAAAGUGAAGUUAGAGGGUUAAUUCAAGGGUUCUGUAACUUAGUAAUGAAUCAUUUUAACACCACUGUCAAAACUAUUCGAAGUGAUCAGGCCAAGGAGUUUGAAAUGAGUGAUUACUUUGCACAACAAGAAGGAAUUGAACAUCAGGUGUCUUGUGUUGAAACCCCUAAACAGAAUGGGAGGGUUGAAAGAAAACAUCAACACAUCCUUAAUGUGGCAAGAGCUUUAAAGUUUCAAUAUGAUCUUCCUUUAUAGUACUGAAGUGAGUGUGUUUUACAUGCUGUGUAUUUGAUUAAUCGCAUUCUCACUCUUGUCUUACACAACAAGUCACCAGUUGAGGUUCUCUACAACAAACCUUCAGCUCUGUCUCAUCUAAGGGUGUUUGGUUGUUUAUGUUAUGCUUUUAUCCUUUCUCAUGGACGUACUAAAUUUGCUCCUCGAGCACGUCAAUAUGUUUUCUUGGGGUUUCCAGCAGGUAUUAAAAGGUAUAAGGUCAUGGACAUCCAUACCAAGCACAUCUAUGUCUCCAGAGAUGUAUGGGUCGUUUGGAAGUUGCGAUUGUUUUGUUGAGAUUGUCAUUAUGCAUGUAUUGUUUCCAAUGCAUCGUUUUUCUUUUGUUUUUUUAGCAGAAACAAUACAUGGAUUGUUUCUAUGAUGUGACAGAAACUAUCACUCAUUUUGAGUGAUUGUUAUAUCUCAACUUUUAGUUGUGAUUGUUGAGAUAGUUGAGUUGAGAUUGUUUUGUCUCAGCUUUUAGCUGAUGCGACAUACACAAUCACACAUACCAAACGUUGUAUUCUACGGAAAAAAUCCAAAAGUACCACUGUUUAAAAAAGAAUUCCAAAAAUACCACCCAACCCCAAAAAUUCCAAAAAUACCACCUUUUUCAAAAACCGCCACCCCACCCUGCAGUUUACACGAAAACCGCUGGGCGGGGGCGCGGCUUUCUAUGCAAACCGCUGGGCUAAGGGGUGGUUAUAAAAACCUAUAAAAACUGCUGGGUGGGGCGGCGGUUUUGGGCCAAACCGCCACCCCACCCAGCGGUUUGGUCCAAAUUUUUUCUUUUUUCGAUCAACUCCUAACUUCGGCCGAAACUUCAAACGAACGUAACUUUGCACUCGGGUAUCCGAUCGUAGCGAUUUUUUUUGAAUCCGAAUAAAUUUUUGAGAUCUUGCAAGCCACAAACGGCCGUAGGCGAUUUGGUCCCGUCUUCGUCUCGAAAAUAUGUCAUUUGCUACCCCAAACGAGCCUUUUUUGAUUUCGUCAAACUUUGGGUGGCCUUAACUUUGUUCUCCAAAAUCCGAACGUCAUGAAUUUUUUUUUUUUUCCGCAUAACUUUUCAAGAUCUACAACUUUUAAGAUAAUCAUAAUUUCGAAAUGUACAUGGAUUUGUGAAAAGUAAAGGUAAAGUUAUUCC